AUGGCGACGUCCCGCGCUGCCCGCGCCCUCCUCCUUCUCCUCUUCUUUUGCCUGUCGGCUGUGCGGCGGGGGGCGCGGGGCGCUGGGCAGCGCCCGCGGGGCUGCCCGGCACCGUGUCGCUGCGAGCAGGAGGGCAUGCUCGUCCGCGCCGACUGCUCGGACCUGGGGCUCACGGCCGUGCCUGCCAACCUCAGCGUCUUCACCUCCUACCUUGAUCUCAGUAUGAACAACAUUACUAAGCUGCCCUCAAACCCCGUGCACAAUCUCCGCUUCCUGGAAGAGCUACGUCUUGCAGGAAAUGGCUUGACAUACAUUCCUAAGGGAGCAUUUGCUGGCCUUUUCAGUCUUAAAGUGCUGAUGCUGCAGAAUAACCAACUACGCCAGGUUCCUACUGAAGCACUCCAGAACUUGCGCAGCCUGCAGUCUCUACGUCUGGAUGCCAAUCAUAUCAACUAUGUGCCCCCCAACUGCUUCAAUGGCCUGGUCUCUCUUAGACACCUGUGGCUAGAUGAUAAUUCUUUGACAGAAAUUCCUGUCCAAGCUUUUAGAAGUUUACCAGCACUUCAAGCGAUGACAUUGGCACUGAAUAAAAUUCAUUACAUACCAGAUUAUGCUUUUGGAAAUCUCUCCAGUUUGGUAGUUCUACAUCUCCAUAACAAUAGAAUCUACUCCCUGGGAAAGAAAUGCUUUGAUGGGCUCCACAGCCUAGAGACUUUAGAUUUAAAUUACAACAGUCUGGACGAGUUCCCCACUGCUAUCAGGACACUAUCAAACCUAAAAGAACUGGGAUUUCAUAGCAAUAACAUCAAAUCCAUCCCGGAGCGUGCGUUUGUGGGUAAUCCAUCGCUUAUUACAAUACAUUUUUAUGACAACCCUAUCCAGCUUGUUGGAAAAUCUGCUUUUCAACACUUACCAGAACUAAGAACUCUGACUUUAAAUGGUGCUUCACAGAUAACAGAGUUUCCUGAUCUGACAGGGACUACAAGUCUGGAGAGCCUGACACUCACAGGAGCACAGAUCACUUCUCUCCCCAAAUCAGCUUGUGACCAGUUACCUAAUCUUCAAGUGCUGGAUCUGUCUUAUAACCUCCUGGAAGAUUUACCCUGUUUUACUGCAUGUAAAAGACUCCAAAAAAUUGACUUGCAUCACAAUGAAAUCAGUGAAAUCAAAGCAGACACAUUUCGGCAGCUGGCUGUUCUUCGUUCUCUGGAUUUAGCUUGGAACAAAAUCAAAAUUAUUCAUCCCAAUGCCUUCUCCUCUUUACCGUCUCUGAUCAAACUGGAUGUGUCAUCCAACCUUUUGUCCUCUUUUCCUGUGACGGGGCUACAUGGUUUAACUCAUUUAAAAUUAACAGGAAAUCAUGCCCUACAAAGUUUGAUAUCAUCUGAAAGUUUUCCAGAUCUCAAGGUCAUGGAAAUGCCUUAUGCUUAUCAGUGUUGUGCCUUUGGAGCUUGUGAGAGCCACUACAAAAUCUCCAGCCAAUGGAGCAAAGAUGAGAACAGCAGCAUUGAUGAUUUUCACAGGAAGGAUGUUGGGUUGUUACAAAUUCAAGAUGAACGUGACUUUGAAGACUUUUUUCUUGACUUUGAAGAAGAUUUGAAAGCUCACCAUUCAGUGCAGUGCUCACCUUCACCAGGUCCCUUCAAACCAUGUGACCAUCUUUUCGGUAGCUGGCUGAUCAGAAUCGGAGUGUGGACUAUAGUGGGCUUGACCUUUAUUUGCAACGUGCUGGUGUCUGCGACAGUUUUCAGAUCUCCACUUUACAUGUCCUCUAUAAAACUUUUGAUCAGUUUAAUAGCUGUUGUAAAUGCCUUGAUGGGUCUGGCCAGUGGAGUACUGGCUAGCGUGGAUGCAUCAACUUUUGGUAGCUUUGCUCAGUACGGAGCAUGGUGGGAAAGUGGAAUUGGUUGCCAAAUAACUGGCCUUCUCUCCAUUUUUGCUUCCGAGGCUUCCAUUUUCCUCCUUACCCUUGCCACGCUUGAACGUGCAUUCUCUGUAAAGCAUGCUACAAAGUUUGAAACAAAGUCCUCCAUUGCCAGUGUGAAAAUUGCCAUUUUCUUUUGCUUUAUGUUGGCACUGAUCGUUGCAGCGAUACCACUCCUCACUGGGAGUGAGUAUGGGGUUUCUCCGCUUUGCCUACCGCUACCGUUUGGAGAACCCACUGCUAUGGGCUACAUGGUAGCACUGGUGCUUCUGAACUCCCUGUGCUUUCUAGUAAUGACUAUUGCUUAUACAAAGCUCUACUGUAGCUUAGAAAAGGGGGAACUAGACAACAUCUGGGAUUGUUCUAUGGUCAAGCAUAUAGCCCUGCUGCUUUUUACAAAUUGCAUUCUUUAUUGCCCUGUAGCCUUCUUAUCUUUUUCGUCCUUACUAAACCUCACUUUUAUGAGCCCGGAAGUAAUUAAGUCAAUACUGCUGGUGAUUGUCCCACUGCCUGCGUGCCUAAACCCACUCCUUUAUAUACUUUUCAAUCCACACUUUAAGGAGGACUUGGGCAGUCUGAGAAAGCAAACUUUGUUAUGGAGGAGGUCAAAACAUGCUAGCCUGAUCUCUGUGAAUUCAGAAGACAUAGAAAAACAAUCUUGUGACUCGACACAAGCAUUGGUAACGUUCACAAGUGCCAGCAUAUCAUAUGACAUGCCUGCCAGCAACCCUCUAGUGCCAGCGUCGUAUCAAAUGACAGAAAGCUGCAAUCUUUCAUCAGUCGCCUUUGUCCCGUGUCGCUAA